AUGACUGACGGUCUGUACCACCUAGUAGAUCCCACCCAAGCCCACAGCAAGUCUCAUUCCCAGAAACCAAAACCAACAGUUGCGGACUCGUGGGAGGAUGAGUCGGUAUCUUCGGACUCUUCAGACACAGAGAAUAUGCUCGAUUCUUCUUCUCACCGACAGACAGGCACCAAGGGCCACAGCACGCCGCCCCUAAUUGUACCCUCGCUCGCGCCUAAUAAAUUGUCGUCCGAGAACCCCCAAAAGAGCGAUUCCCCACAUCGGCGGCCUGAGAAGCAGACUGCUGUCGCAAGCCGGAUAAUUACCAGCGCGUUGGGCUUGCGUGCAAAGCGAACCGCAGAGCAGAAGGCCUAUGAUCGUGCAAUCCUAGAGAACGCAAAGAAAAAACGGGAGCAUGAUCGUGAGCAUACCAGGCAGAAGCAAGAGGAAGAACACAAAGCGAAGCAAGCCGUCUGGGAGUCAUAA